AAUAUUGUGCUGCUUCUUGCCGUACUGCUCGAAAAAAUGGAAGAUCGCCAAGCACAAUUGCAAACACUGCGAGGCGUUUAUUGGAUUAGGAAGAUGAUUAUUCUUUUUUAUUAAUUAAUAUUUCAAAGAAUUGUCAAAAUGACGUGGAUUUCUUGUGAUUGUAUCAUAUUUAUUGACUUGUGAUCGAUACGUAUGUAAGUGCCAAAGAAUGACGUGCGCUUGUGUUCAACAUAAUUAGGUUGGGAGGAUGAAGUAGAUGGGGACAUAUGGAGAAUGCACGAUCUGCGGUGACAAAAUUAACUAUGCACCUGAUAACGUAGCAAAUUUAGGAUUGCAUUUGAUCGACAAACAUCCGGACAUUGAGUUGGCGCACUUCUCUUUGCUCUGCGAAUCACCACCAAAAGCAGGCUGCCAAUGCGGAUGCGGAUGUGCUUGCAACCCCUCAGGUUGCGGAGCGGGACGGGGCAGGAAGCAGCCCUCGAUCAAAACCACAGUUGAGAGUUGGAAACGCGCGCAGAAUCCGCUGAGAUGCGUGAAAUGCGGAAAAACGGCGAUACCCUUAAUCCGGAGGCAAAGACAUAAAUUGGCGCGUUCGCAGUUCGGCGCCUUUAUACUGCUGGGCUGUUGGCCGAUCUGUUUCCUGCCGUUCAUCUUGGGAGGUAGCGAUCUGAUGUACUUGUAUUGCAAGGAAUGCGGAAAUUACUUGGGAAUGUACGAUAGGAGGGUGGCGCAGAAGGACGAUCCGCUGUGCCGCCAAAACGGACACCCAUGCUCCUGCAAUUGACAUUAAAUUUCGCAGUGACGUUUUUGUAGUAUCAAAUUAUUAGUUCAAUUUUUCCGAAGGUUGUAAAUAUGUGAAUAAAUCAAACUCGUAAUCGCUUUGCUAGUCUCGG